CUGUCAAAAUUGAGAAAUGAGAAUUGAUUUGUCAGAGGAAUUUUAGAAAGAGGUUUUGGUAUCGAAACUAAUUUAAUAUAUUGUUAUUAGUAAGCUUCAAUUGAAAUUCCAAAAUGCCUAGUCAAGAAGUUGUGACCACAAAGGUUGUGGUGCAUCCACUUGUUUUGCUAAGUGUCGUCGAUCAUUUCAAUCGUAUGGGAAAAAUUGGAAAUCAAAAGCGAGUUGUUGGUGUAUUGCUUGGUUGCUGGAGAGCUAAAGGAGUUUUGGACGUUUCAAAUAGUUUUGCAGUUCCAUUUGAUGAAGAUGACAAAGACAAGUCUGUAUGGUUUUUGGACCAUGAUUACCUAGAAAAUAUGUAUGGCAUGUUUAAAAAGGUAAAUGCAAGAGAAAAAGUAGUUGGGUGGUAUCAUACUGGUCCCAAAUUACAUCAAAAUGAUGUGGCAAUUAAUGAACUGAUUAGACGCUACUGUCCAAACUCAGUUCUUGUCAUCAUUGAUGCGAAACCUAAAGAUCUUGGCUUACCUACAGAAGCUUACCGGGCUGUAGAGGAAGUACAUGAUGAUGGUAGUCCCACUAGUCGCACUUUUGAACAUGUUCCAAGUGAAAUUGGUGCAGAGGAGGCUGAAGAAGUUGGUGUUGAACAUCUUCUCAGGGAUAUUAAAGAUACAACUGUGGGAAGUCUUUCCCAAAGAAUAACAAAUCAAUUGCUUGGGCUACGAGGUCUGCACUCCCAGUUAAGUGAAAUAAGAGAUUAUUUAGUUCAAGUUGGUCAAGGUUCUCUUCCACUAAACAAUCAAAUUAUAUACCAGUUACAAGAUAUUUUUAACCUUCUGCCUGAUAUUGCAAGUGACAACUUUGCAGAUAAUCUAUAUAUCAAAACAAAUGAUCAAUCUCUUGUUGUAUAUUUGGCAGCCCUUGUGAGAUCUAUAAUUGCACUGCAUAAUCUUAUUAAUAACAAAAUAACAAACAGAGAUGCUGAAGAAGGAAAGAAAGAUGAUUCUAAAGACAAAAAGGAAAAAAAAGAAGAAAAAGAUGAAAAGAAGGGGGAUGAAAAAGUUAAGGCUGAAAAGAAAGAGAAAGAAGAAAAGAAAAAAUAAUAGAAAUGUUUUUAGGUUAAGUUUCCUUGUAAUCUGAAUUAUUAAUAAAUUUAUUUUUAACACA